AUGGCGAGCAGGAGGCCGCUUCUCUUCGUUGCCGUACUGCUCCUGUGCGCAGCCGAGUGGCAUCUCGCACUAGCAUUCAAGAAGUCCUACAUCGUGUACCUCGGAGCACACGCCUACGGCCGUGAUGCGUCGCCGGAGGAGCAUGCCCGCGCAACGGAGUCUCACCAUCACCUCCUGGGAUCAGUUCUUGGCAGCAAGGAGAUCGCGCAGAACUCGAUAUUCUACUCCUACACGAAGAACAUCAAUGGCUUCGCGGCGCACCUCGAGGAGGAAGUAGCAAACCAGAUUGCAAAGCACCCUGACGUCGUGGCGGUGCUGGAGAGCAUGAUGCUGAAGCUGCACACGACGCGGUCGUGGGACUUCAUGGACCUGGAGCGGGAUGGCCAGGUCCUCCCCGACUCCAUCUGGAAGCACGCCAAGUUCGGCCAGGACGUCAUCAUCGCCAACCUCGACAGCGGUGUGUGGCCAGAGUCUAACAGCUUCGCAGACAACGGCAUGGGCGAGGUGCCCAAGCACUGGAAGGGCUCCUGCCCGGACAGCGUCAAAUACGCCGUGCCCUGCAACAAAAAGCUGAUCGGCGCCAAGUUCUUCAACCAGGACAUGCUGCGGAUGAACCCGGCGGCGGUGGACGGCAACUGGACGCGCGACACGGAGGGCCACGGCACGCACACGCUCUCCACCUCCGGUGGCCGCUUCGUGCCGCGCGCCAACCUCUUCGGCUACGCCAACGGCACCGCCAAGGGUGGCGCGCCGCGCGCCCGCGUCGCGGCCUACAAGGUGUGCUGGUCGGGUGAGUGCGCCUCGGCCGACGUCCUCGCGGGCUUCGAAGCUGCCAUCCACGACGGCGCCGACGUAAUCUCUGUCUCCUUCGGCCAGGACGCACCCCUCGCCGACGCCGCCUCCUUCUUCCAAGAGCCCGUCACGCUGGGCUCAUUCCACGCCACCAUCCACGGGCUCUCAGUCGUCUGCUCCGCCGGCAACUCCGGGCCCUACGACGACACCGUCGUCAACGCCGCGCCAUGGGUCACCACUGUCGCGGCCAGCACCGUCGACAGGGACUUCCCCAACGACGUCACCCUCGGCAAUAGCGAGCACAUGAAGGGGAUGAGCUUGGAGUCCACGACCUUGCACUCCAACAAUCUGUACCCCAUAGUCGAUGCCAGGCACGCCGGGCGCGCGAACUGCAGCCCGUACGACGCCGCCAACUGUGGAAUGGGCACUCUCGACCCCGCCAAGGUGAAGGGCAAAAUCGUCGUGUGCGUCCGCGGUGGGGACAUCCCGCGGGUGACCAAAGGGAUGGCCGUGCUCAGCGCCGGCGGCGCCGGGAUGAUCCUCGCCAAUGACAAGAUGGACGGCGACGACAUCGUCGCCGACCCGCACGUGCUCCCGGCCACCAUGAUCACCUACAGCGAGGCCGUCUCGCUGUACAAUUACAUGGCAUCGACGAAGAAGCCCAUGGCCAACAUAUCGCCAUCCAAGACGGAGGUCGGCGUGAAGAACUCGCCGUCCAUGGCGGCCUUCUCCUCCCGCGGGCCCAGCGGAACGCUGCCGUACGUCCUGAAACCGGACAUCGCCGCGCCGGGGGUUGACAUCCUGGCCGCUUUCACCGAGUACGUCAGCCCGACAAAGGUCUCAUCCGACAAUCGCCGGUCCGAUUACGCAAUCUUGUCCGGCACGUCCAUGGCGUGCCCGCAUAUCUCCGGCGUGAUCGGACUGCUCAAGGCCGCGCGCCCGGAGUGGAGCCCCGCAGCGAUGCGGUCCGCGAUCAUGACCACGGCUCGCACCCAGGACAACACCGGGGCGCCGAUGCGCGACCACGACGGGAAAGAAGCGACCGCGUUCGCUUACGGCGCCGGCAACGUGCACCCUAACCGCGCCAUCGACCCGGGUCUUGUGUACGACGCCACCGGCAACGACUACUUCACCUUCCUCUGCUCCAUGGGGUUCACCGCGGGAGACCUGAAAAGGCUCAGCGCCGGCAAGUUCGCCUGCCCGGCCAAGGCGCCGGCAAUGGAGGACCUCAACUACCCGUCCAUCGUGGUGCCGUCGCUGCGCGGCACGCAGACGGUGACGCGGCGGCUCAAGAACGUCGGGCGCCCGGCCAAGUACCGCGCGUCGUGGCGCGCGCCGUUCGGGAUCACCAUGGACGUCGAGCCGAAGGUGCUGGAGUUCAGCAAGGCCGGCGAGGAGAAGGAGUUCAAGGUGAUGGUGACGUCACAGAAGGACAAGCUCGGGAUGGGCUACGUGUUCGGGAGGCUCGUCUGGUCGGACGGGACCCACUACGUCAGGAGCCCCAUCGUGGUCAACGCCUUGGCGUGAGGUGCUGAGAUUCGUGCUGCGUGUCAUCGAAGGGCACACGUGUGAAUUGUGAUAGAUAAGAGUUUUGAUUUAUUUUUCUUGCUUAGAAUGAGAUAGACUUUAGAUAUGUAAUAAUAUUGGACUUGGGAAAAGACAUUUUGAAUCUUGGCUGUAAACAAAAUUAGGAGCAGC